AUGAAUGUUGAAAAAUCAGAUGACAAAGCAAAGAAUGGCUUGAAGUCUUCCUUAAUUAUAAAGGAUGAAAAUGGAAAUAGCUACGCAUGUGACAGAGCUACACCUUCCUCAAAGAAUUGUGCCACCAAGAUAUGUGAUGAUUUGACUGACCAAAAUACAGUGACUGAGCAUGAAGAUGAUACUAUUCUUGAAAAUAAGAGUGACUUCAGAAGUAUUCUUUUAAAACAGCAGUGUAUUGAAGCACUUCAUUUGCAGAAGACACCUGGUAAAUACAACUGCACAGGAGCUCUGUUGGGAGAUGCAGAUGCUGCAUGCAAGUCUUCUGUGACUGAACAGACUUGUGUGUAUUUGAACUGUGACUUGAAAGAAACGACAGACUUACUGACAGGUAAUGUUGCUAUGGCAAAAAUGCAAAAUCAGAGUACGAAACAAUCGGUGCCUUACAGUCAGACUGACUCCAAGUGUAUAUUACCUCUUCCUGCUCCAGAGCAGAACACGCCAUCCCUGAUAAAGGAUGGGGCACGCUGCCACCUGAGCACAUUGGAUGUUACUAAUGUUAUAGGUGAAACUCUGGGAACUGAUCAAAAUGAUGACAUCCAUCUGAGGGAAACGCUAAUCUCUUCUGAAGUAUGUACGAGAGAGAAAUUUGAUAGAACCAGCUCAGAAAGAACACCUAAUUUCUUUUAUACCAUGGUGGCUUCAGAAAGCCCAGAUGCCUAUUCAGAACUUGAAGUAUAUUGUCCUGCCUCUGCAGGUGUCAAACACUAUCUAAAAAACACUAACAAGACUGAGAAAGAAUCCCAGGAGGCGGAAGGAUGGUCUGUAAAGCUAGCUGCUGAAUGUAUAGAUCCUUCUAGGCAAGAAGCAUUACUGCCAUGCAUUAAUAUUAAUGAAGAUGACCAAGUGAAAUCCUUGCAGGAUAUGCCUGACCGUGAUGAAACUGGGAAUUCCAGUGCUGAAACAUGCAUGGAUAGUCCUGUACAUAAUGUGCACCUUCUCCCAGUAGAUAAAAUGGCUGGAGAACAAGUAUCAAAGAAAACCAGUGAACCCUUAACCAAAGAACAGAAUAUCUCUGGAAAUGCUGCUUUUCAGGAUAUGCACAACACUUCUUUCAUAUCUCGCAGUGUACCAAAAUUAAAGAGGACUGUUAUGCCUGAGCUGAAAUGCGAAGCAACUUUUGUGGUUUUCAGUCCUAUGGCUGACGAAAGCGAUUCUGCUCUGUGUACUUCAACCCCUAAAGAACAAUCAAAAGAUACAACUUUCUCUGUUUCAGCUUUGGCAGAACUUGGAGACAAGUCUCCUAAACUAAGACCAAAUGAUGCAUUUGUAGGAGGGCAUAAUAGAAGGCCUUUGCUCAAAUCUAGUCCAGGUCAAAUCACAGGAAAACCAGUGGGCAGGUCUCCUAUUGUGUCAACAAUAACCAAAGCAAAGAAAUCUGAGAUUGUUAGUUUUCCCAAACCUAAUUUCAAAAACGUUAAGCCAAAGGUUAUGUCUAGGCCUGUGCUACAGUCAAGAGACAGUACAGCAUCAAAACAGUCUCCUCAGUCCCCCCAACUAUCAGCUGUCUCCUCAUCUUCGCUGGUUACUUCCCCGAGGCAAUUGUCCCCGUCUAUAAAAGUGCUGAAAAAGAAAAUAGAUCUAGCUAAAGAUACUAAAGUGGAAUUGCCUGUGAAUAAGCCCCAUAAGCUACAUCUUAACAAACACCUCUUCACUAGCCAAGUCAUACGUGCUACAACACAUCCCAGAAACGCUUCCCACAAGGCUUCAAAGACACCUGCAUUAAAGCAGAAUCCGGAAGACAUUGGCAAAGCAAGCUCUACCCAUUCGGCAUGCUCCUUGGUUUCUGCUGCGCUUCCAGCAUGUGUAGAGAACUCGAAAGAAAUGCUGAAUGAUAAAAUGGAAAGUUCAAACUCUUUAAUGCAGCCCUGUGCUCAAAACAUCUAUCUGUCAGGAGGUGAAAGGGAGCAAAACAGCAACAUGGGAAUUCUUCUAGAAGCAGCCUUGUUAAAAGAUGUGGUAAAUGAAACAUUUGACCUGCAUUCUGUUCCUUUGGUGCCUUCUGUGAAAGAUGGGACAACACAAGGGAAAAACAUACCGAAGAAAGGCCCAAUUACACUACGAAGUGUAACAGCCCCCAAGGUUAAAAUGGUGCCAUCUGUGGUGCCGCUGAAGAGAGGAUGUGAAAAUAAAACUGUCUGCACAGCUAAAGCACCUUCUCACAAAGGACCUGUUCUGUCAUCAAGCUCUGGUAUAGGAUCUUCGCCAAGAGAGAAGCAUGCCUCUGUGAUAAAUUCUCCAGCCUCCUGGGCUAGCUCCAGUAAACCGCCCACCAAAUCCAAAGUGCCUGUCAAAAGAUCAGUGCUUGAGAGAACACCUAGCAUCUCAUCAGUCAGCAGCACUCAGAGCGAGCGAAGUCUUUUCAGCAGUAAUUCUGCAAGUGCCACAGUCAUCAUCAAGAAUGGAGAAUGGCCUUCAAAACCAGCCUGCCAGAAUGGUGCUUUGGGAUCUGUCCCUUUGAAAGCAGUACCAAGACCUAGAUUACACUCGUUGAAGUCAACUCCAAAAGGAGCCAAGGCCAGGUCUGCUUCACUGAGCCAGUGCAUACCAAAAUCAUCUGGGCCACUGCACUCAGCAAGGAAAGUCAGUGAGGCUAGAGGUACUCCUGGAAGAAACGGACACCAAAACCUACCUUGUUUGGGUUCUGUUGACAAGGGCAAGCAGCGAAGUCCCAAAAGCUCGUGCAUACAGACUCAAGCCGCCACAGAUGUGCAUUUGCCUGGCACAAAAACAGCCGAGUUGACACAGUACAAAACAAAAUGUGAGGCCCAAAGUGGAAUCAUCCUGCAGCUGAAGAAAUUCCUGACAAGCAGUAACCAGAAGUUUGAAGCAUUAACGGUUGUGAUCCAGUACCUGCAGUCUGAGGAGGCUGGUUCAGCUUGCAACCACCAGAAAGCUAAGCUAGCCAAAGAGAGAGCAUUUCUUUGCCGGCUUAGCGAUGUGGACCGUCCUUACCAGCGGUCAGAGCCAGCGCAGGUUAAACAAGAAAGGAAAAGUGGCAGUACAGAGGAAGUGGUGAAAUCGGCCAUUUACA